CAGGGGUCGCCCGCUCCGCCCACAGCCACCCUUCCCCCAGCCCUGGGCCAACCCUGUGCGGCUCCGCAAUAUGGUCCGACCCAGGUCGAGGAGGCGGGGACCUGGAUUUGAAAGGCCGGCCUUUGAGUUGAAGGCGGGAAAAUGGCGGAUUCCUCGGGGCGCGGCGCUGGGAAGCCUUCCUCAGGGGGGCCCAGUACUCCUAGUGGCACCAAGACAAAGGGAAGAAGAACACAAGGUGGAAGAGUGGUUGAGUCCCGAUACUUGCAGUAUGAGAAGAGAACCACCAAAAAGGUUUCUGCAGCAGAUGCAUUAAAGACCAGUGGGAGGAUGCCCGAAGGUGGAAGGAAACCCAGCCUGCUGCAGAAGAGCAAAGAUGGCAGUGGACUCGGCAAAGGUGACCUGCAGUCCACAUUGCUGGAAGGGCAUGGCACGGCCCCGCCUGACCUGGAUCUCUCAGCCAUUAACGAGAAAAGUGUGAUCAGAAAGACUCCACAGUUGGAAAAAACGAUGUCAAAGAAAACUGAGUUGACGUCAUUUUCUGCCUCGAGGAGAAAGAGCCCAGAUCUGGCUGAAGCGAUGGAAAUGAUGGAGUCCCAAACCUUACUCCUGACUCUCCUGACCGUAAAGAUGGAGAACAGUCUUGCUCUGUUCGAAGAGAAGGCAGAAAGGAAUUUAUUAAUAAUGUGCGAAGAGAAGGAGAAGCUACAGAGAGAGGCCCAUGAGCUGAAGCGCCGACUUCUCCUCUGUCAGAGGAAGCGGGAGCUGGAAGCCAUCCUUGACACUCAGAUGGAGACGCUCAGCCCCUACGAGGCCGUGGCCACACGCUUUAUGGAGCAGUACAAGACAUUUGCGAUGGCCCUGGACACCACCAGGCAUGAGCUGCCCGUGCGAUCAGUCCACGUGGACGGAGACGGGCAGCGGUUCUUAGAUGAUUUGCAGCGGGAAUUGACUACCACAUGCCAUCUGCUGGGAGAACUUGGGAUCAGCAGUUCAGAAGAAAAUGGGAAAGUGCUGGACCUGCUGAGUGAACUCAAGGAAUUGACCCAAAAGAAGGAUCUGGAGCUCCGAAGGAGCUUUGCCCAGGUCCUGGAACUUUCUGCUGAGGCAAGUAAAGAGGCAGCCUUAAUCAACCAAGAGGUCUGGGAAGGGGCUCAGGGCCCCUCGGCCCCCACCCAGUGGUAUUUCAAUCAAGAAGGCGCCUGCGGGGGGACUUGGGCCGAGGUGGGGGGCCCGCUUCUCUCAGGCAGCAAAGAGCCGCACUCACAGUGAAUCUACCUGCAGGCUGCACCCCCGCCCGGUGGGGGCCUGCCUGCAGACCAUCGGGGAGGAAGCUCUGCUGUCCCACUGUUCAGGGCACAUAUGCGCCGCAUGGCACUUAUGUGACAUUCUGGAAACUCAAGCACUUUAUAUACUUAAUUUAGUGGUAUAGCUAUUUUUGUUUGAUAAUCUCAUUGGAUGUUUGAAAAAUAAAAGUUUUG